AUGUCUUCCUCAAGGCCUAGCCAGUCGUCCAGCAAUUCAGGGAGAUCAAGACAUAGCACUAGGGUUCUUGCUCAGACAACUGUAGAUGCAAAGCUCCACGCAACUUUUGAGGAGUCUGGCAGUUCCUUUGACUACUCCAGUUCGGUGCGAGUCUCUGGUACAGCUGAUGGAGUCAAUCAACCAAGGUCUGAUAAAGUUACAACAGCGUACCUCCAUCACAUACAGCGAGGCAAGUUGAUUCAGCCUUUUGGAUGCUUGUUGGGUUUAGAUGAGAAAACAUGUAAGGUCAUUGCAUACAGUGAGAACGCUCCUGAAAUGCUGACUAUGGUUAGUCAUGCCGUCCCCAGUGUUGGUGACCACCCCGCCCUUGGCAUUGGCACUGACAUAAAAACUCUAUUUACUGCACCAAGUGCUUCUGCAUUGCAAAAGGCUCUAGGAUUUGCAGAGGUUUCGCUUCUUAACCCCAUCCUUGUUCAUUGCAAGACCUCUGGGAAGCCCUUUUAUGCGAUUAUUCAUCGUGUUACUGGCAGUUUGAUCAUUGACUUCGAGCCUGUCAAGCCUUAUGAAGUUCCCAUGACUGCAGCUGGUGCCUUGCAGUCUUACAAGCUUGCUGCCAAAGCAAUUACCCGGUUGCAAUCUUUGCCUAGUGGGAGCAUGGACAGAUUAUGUGAUACAAUGGUUCAAGAAGUUUUUGAACUCACAGGCUAUGACAGGGUUAUGGCUUAUAAAUUCCAUGAGGAUGACCAUGGGGAGGUGAUUGCUGAGAUAACAAAGCCAGGCCUCGAGCCAUAUCUGGGUUUGCAUUAUCCAGCCACUGAUAUUCCCCAGGCUUCACGCUUUUUAUUUAUGAAGAACAAGGUCCGUAUGAUAGUUGAUUGUCAUGCAAAAAACGUGAAGGUUCUUCAAGAUGAAAAACUCCCAUUUGAUUUGACUUUGUGUGGUUCCACCUUAAGGGCUCCUCAUAGUUGUCAUGCUCAAUACAUGGCAAACAUGGAUUCAAUUGCUUCCUUGGUUAUGGCAGUUGUAGUCAAUGACAACGAAGAAGAUGGGGACGCUGAUGCUGUUCAGCCACAAAAGAGGAAGAGACUUUGGGGUUUGGUAGUUUGCCAUAACACUACUCCCAGGUUUGUUCCCUUUCCUCUAAGGUAUGCUUGUGAAUUUCUGGCUCAAGUAUUUGCCAUCCAUGUGAACAAAGAAAUAGAGUUAGAGUAUCAGAUUAUUGAGAAGAAUAUCCUGCGCACACAGACACUCUUGUGUGAUAUGUUGAUGCGAGAUGCACCCCUUGGAAUUGUAUCACAGAGCCCUAAUAUAAUGGAUUUAGUGAAAUGUGAUGGAGCUGCCCUCUUAUAUAAGAACAAGGUAUGGAGGUUGGGAGUGACACCAAGUGAAUCCCAGAUAAGAGAGAUAGCUUUGUGGUUGUCUGAGUACCACAUGGAUUCCACCGGCUUGAGUACGGAUAGCUUGUCUGAUGCAGGCUUCCCAUCGGCUCUUUCUCUUGGUGAUAUUGUGUGUGGAAUGGCAGCUGUCAGAAUAACUGCAAAAGACGUAGUAUUUUGGUUUCGGUCGCACACCGCUGCUGAAAUCCGAUGGGGUGGUGCAAAGCAUGAAGCUGGAGAAAAAGAUGAUGGUAGGAGGAUGCAUCCAAGAUCGUCAUUCAAAGCUUUCCUUCAAGUCGUGAAGGCAAGGAGCUUGCCGUGGAAGGACUAUGAAAUGGAUGCUAUUCAUUCCUUGCAGUUAAUACUGAGAAAUGCAUUCAAAGAUAAUGAGAGUACAGAUUUACAGACAAAUGCAAUUAAUACAAAACUAAGUGAUUUGAAGAUCGAAGGGAUGCAAGAACUGGAAGCAGUUACAAGCGAGAUGGUUAGGUUGAUUGAAACAGCAACAGUGCCUAUUUUGGCGGUUGAUGUCGAUGGGCUGGUCAACGGGUGGAACAUAAAAAUUGCUGAGUUGACAGGUCUUCCAGUUGGUGAAGCUAUUGGAAAGCAUUUACUCACACUUGUUGAGGAUUCUUCAACUGAUAGAGUCAAGAAGAUGCUUGAGUUGGCACUGCUAGGUGAAGAAGAGAAGAAUGUUCAAUUUGAUAUCAAAUCAUUCGUGACUAAGAUGGAUUCUGGUCCUAUUAGUUUAGUAGUAAACGCUUGUGCUAGCAGGGAUCUUCGAGAUAAUGUUGUUGGUGUUUGCUUUGUGGCCCAUGAUAUAACUGCUCAGAAGAAUGUCAUGGACAAAUUCACCCGUAUUGAAGGUGAUUACAAGGCAAUUGUACAGAACCCAAAUCCACUAAUCCCCCCUAUAUUUGGCACAGAUGAAUUUGGCUGGUGUUGUGAGUGGAAUCCAGCUAUGUCAAAGUUAACUGGAUGGAAGCGAGAGCAGGUGAUGGAUAAAAUGCUUUUGGGAGAGGUUUUUGGCACCCAGAUGGCUUGUUGUCGUUUAAAGAAUCAAGAAGCUUUUGUUAAUUUUGGCAUUGUACUUAAUAAAGCGAUGACUGGUUCAGAAACAGAGAAGGUUGCUUUUGGUUUCUUUGCUAGGAAUGGCAAGUAUGUAGAAUGCCUACUGUCUGUGAGUAAGAAGUUGGACGUAGAGGGCCUAGUUACAGGUGUCUUCUGCUUCUUACAGCUAGCUAGCCCAGAACUCCAGCAAGCAUUACAUAUUCAGCGCCUAUCUGAGCAAACUGCCUUGAAGAGAUUGAAUGCAUUAACUUACAUGAAACGGCAGAUAAGGAGUCCUUUAUGUGGAAUUAUAUUUUCCCGGAAAAUGUUGGAGGGUACUGAACUGGGAACAGAACAGAAACAACUUUUGCAUACUAGUGCUCAAUGCCAGCGGCAACUUAGCAAAAUUCUUGAUGACUCAGAUCUUGACAGCAUCUUAGACGGUUACUUGGAUCUUGAGAUGGCUGAAUUUACUCUACAUGAAGUAAUGGUUGCCUCCCUAAGUCAAGUCAUGACAAAAAGUAACGGAAAGAGUGUCCGAAUAGUCAAUGAUGUUGCAGAACAAAUCGUAAUGGAAACUUUAUACGGUGAUAGUCUUCGGCUUCAGCAGGUCUUGGCUGACUUCUUACUUAUUUCCAUCAAUUUCACACCAAAUGGAGGUCAGGUUGCUGUAGCAGGCUCUCUAACGAAAGAACAGUUAGGGAAAUCCGUCCAUCUUGUUAAGUUAGAGCUCAGCAUAACACAUGGUGGGAGUGGGGUGCCAGAAGCAUUACUAAACCAGAUGUUUGGAAAUAAUGGACUAGAAUCGGAGGAGGGUAUGAGUCUAUUGAUCAGCAGAAAGCUGCUGAAGCUCAUGAAUGGAGAUGUUCGCUAUCUUAGAGAAGCAGGCAAAUCAGCUUUUAUCCUCUCUGCUGAACUUGCUGCAGCCCAUAAUUUGAAAGCUUAA